GGGAUGGUGGGCACCAGUGCCAAUAUUGUCACCACCAGUUUCCAGACGAGGUGGCUUUGAAGAGCCACAAACAGGUUCACCAGGGUGAGAAACCCUAUCAGUGCAGUCAGUGCAAAAAGAAAUUCAGUCUCAAGCACCAACUGGAGACUCACUACAGGAUUCACACAGGGGAGAAACCCUUUGAGUGUAAACUGUGUCACCAGCGAUCCCGUGACUAUUCCGCCAUGAUCAAGCACCUUCGGACUCAUAACGGUGCCUUACCGUAUCGGUGCACAAUCUGCCAGGAAUUCUGCCCCAGCCUGUCUGCUAUGCAGAAGCAUAUCAAGACCCACCUUCCUGAAGAAGUGCCCCCGAACUGGACCUUGGAGGAGAGCUACCUCUACCUGUGCUACCUGUGACUACCUGACUGUCGCACUCGCCCCUGGAGACAUAGGCUCUGUGAUCGGAAUCCCAUCCCCACACCGCUCCCUCUGUGCCGGGUGGUGUUGGCGUUGGGUUGUGGAGGGGGGGGGGGUUGCUCUAGGGUUUGUGGUGGGGAGCUGAUGGACAGGUUCUCUGCCAUCGGAAAUUGAGGGACGGGGAGGUGCGGCAGUCCCUCUGAGUAGUGGAAGCAGGAGGGCCCAGGGGGAAUUGGAAUUGGAAACUUGAUCCUGUGGGAUUCCUGCAGCAUCAGUGAAGGAGUUGGUCGGAGCAGAGAGGCACGCAGACUCCUCUCACCCUCAUCUGGACCCAACACAAGAAUGGCAAUUUUCCAAGAAAACCACAAUUUCUACUGCCAGAGGAGUUCGGCGUUGAUUGGUCAAGGCAUUGGCCCGGGGCAGAGUGCAGAAGCAGGCCAUUCGGCCCAUCGAGUUCACACUGACCCUCUGAAGAGCAUCUCACUCAGACCCUAUCCUUGGAAUGCUACAUCUCCCAUGGCUGAUCCACCCAGCCUGCACCUCCUUGGACACUGGGACAAUUUGGCAUGGCCGAUCCACUCUAACCUGCAUAUCUUUGGACUGUGGGAGAACGCAGAUCCCCGUGCCUGAGGGCAUAUAGCUGUGAGCAGGUUUUAAAGGAACUGCAUACCUGGCUGAGAAUCUCGUGUCUAUUGUUAACGUAAGCACUUGGGGUUGUUUGGGGAACGCCGUCCAACGUCCGAGUCACGUUGAACGUGAGUUAUUUGACCGAUCGCGAGUCAGUUUGCCAACCAACUGCACCCUCCCACCACGUGUUGUUGCAAACUGUUGUCCCCUCGGAGAUUUGGCAUUCUUGCGAUGGUGUCCAGGUCAACACAAACCCUUUUGACUGGGCGGCUCAGCCACACUCGAUUUCCACACGGCUCGCGUCUCUCUGAGGAGGGUCUUCCGUUAGAUCUCUCACAGAAUGAACUGCAGCAACCCUACACCACCCCCCGCCCCCACCCUUUCCCCAUGCAGCCCCCCUUCCCCGUCUCCAUUGAGAUUGGGAACCCCGUUUGGGAGAGAAUGGAAAUCCAGGCCAAUACGUGGGACUGGUGAAACUCUCCCACUCCCGUCCCCUCCUGUGGCCGUGGGAAGCCCAGACCUCAUCAGCUCUCCACUGGCCAUCAACAGAACUCAGAACAUGACUCAUUUCAAUUCUCUGGAAGCGAUAGUCGACGUUAUACACAUUCCACAAACAAAAGGGACACGGUCAAGCCUUUGCUGAGCUUCCCAGGAGAUGGAGGGAGACCGUCACUCCCCUUUUCUUCCUCCAUGGUGAUUUGUUAGGCCCCUGUUGCCGUCAGCUCGGCCUCCCCUGCCCCCACUUCUCUCCGUGGUGUAAAUUGGUGUUCCCUUCAGAAAACAGGUUUCUUGCUGUUGUCCUGAUGAGAGCAAGGCGGUGAGCUUUGAUGUCAUCUCUCCCUCUCUGGCGGUAGCCUUUCAAAUCCUCAACACUGCCUUCGAUGCCCGUGCAAACCUUCACAAGUUUCAAAAUCUCCCCUCCCCCCACCGCAUCCCAAAACCAGUCCACUCGUCCCUGCCUCCCUAACCUGUUCUUCCUCCCACCUAUCCCCUCCUCCCACCUCAAGCCGCACCUCCAUCUCCUACCGACCAACCUCAUCCCGCCCCCUUGACCUGUCCAUCCUCCCUGGACUGACCUAUCCCCUUCCUAACUCCCUACCUACACUCACCUUUCCUGGCCCCAUCCCCGCCUCUUCGACCUGUUUGUUUCCUCUCCACCUAUCCUCUCCUCUAUCCCUCUUCUAUCCGCCUCCCACUCUCUCCCUAUUUAUUUCAAAACCCCCUUCCCCUCCCCCUUUUCUGAUGAAGGGUCUAGGCCCGAAACGUCAGCCUCUCUGCUCCUGUGAUGCUGCUUGGCCUGCUGUGUUCAUCCAGCCCUGCACCUUGUUGUCGCAGAGGGAACCUAUUCAGCCCCUCUCUCCUGCUCCAUUAUUCAACUGCACAUUCUCAUCUCCCCACCACCAAAUCACCUCGGACCUCCCUCUCCAACCAAGAAUUGACCUACCUCCUCCGUGAAAAUAUUUGUCGCUGUAUAACCUGUCCUGGAUACACAUUGGAGGCCAUUCAAUCGAUUCCUGAUCUAGCACUUGGAAUCAGUUAUUGAUCCCUUCCCCUGGCACGUGGCUCUAUCAAUCAGCAAACUCCUGGUCUUUACCACGCUUCUCGUUUUGGUGGGAGGGCAACAGUGAUAACAAUAAAAAUCUCUG